UAGUCUUGGCCUCAGGGGAGUGUGCACACCGAGGGACCCGUGGACCUUCACAGCUCGAGUAACUUGUCAGAUUGGUCCGCAGAGUCAGCGUGGACACAUGCGGAGCUUCACUCCACACAUGAGGAUUUACGUCGAGUUUCCAGAUUCCAGUUUGUUUAUUUUUUUAUUCUUAUUUUAUUUGGAGGUUGAGUUCAAAUAUUCACGAUGUCAGAGUCGGAGGAGAGUAAGAUCUCAGUGUGGGUCUGCCGAGAGGAGAAGCUCGUCUUUGGACUCUCGAAGCGCACAACCUGCGCGGAUGUUGUCCAAGUGCUUCUGGAGGAUCAGACGUCCCAACACGGCCUCUCCACAGCCUCCCUCUCUGGAGGCUCAUCGGCUUACUGCAUCGUAGAGAAAUGGAGAGGCUUUGAGAGGAUUUUACCAAACAAAACAAAGAUCUUACGGCUGUGGGUGGCGUGGAAAGAGGAGCAGACGAACGUUAAAUUCGUGUUGGUGAAAAACGAAGCGUCUUUGGCGAACCAUGGAGCCCGGAGCGCAGAGGCGCGCGUAGUACCGAGCAAACACCGUCCCUGUGCGUCUAAAGGGACCGCACGCUCUCCCAUGGCGGGGAUUUCACCUGAGAAACAGCGACGGAUUGUUAGGAAGGCUUUCAGAAAGUUGGAGAAGAUGAAUAAGAAGAGGGCUCGGGCUGCGCACAAGGACGCGUCCUCCAUGGAGAGGAUGGAAACUCUGGUUCAUCUGGUGGUCUCUCAGGACCACACGAUCCGCCAGCAGGUUCAGAGGAUCUCCGAGCUGGAUUCAGAGAUCGAGAGGCGCGAGGCAAGUGUGCAUUUUGACAGAAUAAAGAGACAUGGGGUGAAUUAUGUGCAGGACACGUAUUUGGAGGAUGCUGCUGCGUCCAGUCGGGAGGGGGACAAGCUGUGUUCAGCAGAGACUCUUGAGAAGUUUGAGGAGUAUGUCCAGCAGUGUGAGGAGGUGGUCAGACUACAAGGGGAGCUAUGGGAGCAGGAAGCUCUCGUGGAUAUGAUCACGAAGCAGAUGCAAGAGGAGCUGAACCAGCGCUGGAUGCAGAGGAGGACAGAGGAGCUGCAGAGCAAAGACGCGGAGGGCGCAGCGUCCCCAACCUGCACAGAGGCGGAUACAGAGUCAGAGAAUGAGUCGCUGCUGAGAGAAGAGAGGAUCAGGACGCAGUUAGAUGUGAGUUUAUACGUCGGUCUGCGCCUCAACACGGAUUUGGAAGCUAUUAGGAGCGAUUUAGAGCUGACCGAGAGGAUUUGCGCGGCGAGGGAGAAAGAAAUGAGGGAUUUACUGGAGAAAGUGAACACUUUGAGCGUAGAGGAGGGGACAGGCGGAGAGGAGGGGUGUCAGCUCGGGACAGAUGAUGAAGCGGGGAUGAUGAGCACUUUGGAGGGGAAGAGUGAGUGGGUGGAGCAGGCCAGGGGUCUGUCAAAAGCUCACAGUGGGAACGACGACGACUCAGACACUGGGUUAAGUUCUCUGCACAGUCAGGACUCAGACAGCCAGCCUGUGUGGGAGUCUCUGGUUUAAAGUUUCACAUUCAAUUGAUCAUUUUCCAACUAGUAAAUGAAGUGAAGUCUCAGGGAUCAGAAACCUCUAAAGUCAAUGAAAUUCACUUUCACAUUUUUCCAAGUAGUGCACUGACUUUAUAAGGCAUCAUGUUAAUCCUCACAUGUUCCUCUUUUUUAAUAUCCUUAAUCUGGUUGAAGAGCUUCGGUUCAUUUGGUGGGUGAUAAGUUUUAAUAUCUCUAGGAAAGUUUCAGUUUGAACAUUAAAAAUAGAACUGCUUCCAAAGAUUUAGUUCACUUUCCCCCUGACCCAGAAACUGUGACGUGAUAUUAACACGCUUGGUGCUUAAAUCAGGGCUACAGGGUUCAGAGAUGAGGUGUGAUGAAAAUAUGACACUGUAAAAAUCACAGCGUGGCAAUAGGGCUGGGUGAUAAAACGAUAAUGAUACAUCCCUCGAUAUCGAUAUAAAACAUGGUCAAUAUGUGUAGCGGCUCCAAAGAUCAACCUUGUUGCUCGAGAGGAAAGUUGAGAGUCCAGUAUUUGUCCGGCGUGCUAUCGCUAUAUCAAUAGACAAGCAUGAGGCUUUGAAUGCACUUCAGGGUGUUAAAUGAUACAUCUGCUAAUAUGGUCACACACACAGGACUCCUUUUGGUGUACAGCAGGAUCAAACAAAGGCAAACCAAAGUGGUGCAACGCUGUAGUAUGUGAUGUGAAGCGAUGUAAAGCAAAGCAAAACGGUCAACAAAAAUGAACCCCGCUCCCCUCUCUCAACCACAAACACCACGUGACACAUACAGACCUAUUACCUUACGGCUCCAACAAUAUGCUUUUCGAUAACCGGCAUUCUGCCAUGAUUUGGUAGACGAUACGAAAGGCCAAUGAAAAGAGGAGUUGCUCCGGGUUUGCUUUGCGCUGAACCAAUCAUGUACUGAAUUAAUAGCAGCUACACGCAACCCCAGCACUUGAACACAUGAAGCUGACAGCACAGAAAAAAAGAAAAUGAGCACUACCUCAAGGCUCAACAGAUGACGGCAUCGUGAACAACACUGGCACAAAAACGUUGGUGGUGUGGAAGUAUUUUGUUUUUUUUAGGUCGGACAUGAAGCAGAGUAAUGUGCGCUGCAAUUUAUGUCGAGUACAUGUUCUUGCAAAGUCGGGGAAUACCUCAAAUCUUUUUUACCAUUUGAAGAUGUGACACGCAGCAGAACAGGUGCAAUGCAAAAGGUUACAAAGAACUAGCCAUCAGUCGACCAUUCAGUCCGCUUUCUCUAGUGCAACGCCUUAUGACAAAACGUCAAAGAGACACAAAGACCUCACAGAUGCAGUAGCUUAUUGUAUCGCAGAAGACAUGCUACCAAUAAGCACUGCUAAAUUUCAUUUUUUUAUAUCGUGAUAAAUAUCAAUAUCAACUGAUAUGAAAAAAUAUAUUGUGAUAAACUUUUUCCCACAUCGCCCAGCCCUACAUGUCAAUCAGCUUCACAAUCUCUGCUAGUCCUGAACACAGCUCAGUGCCAGUACACUAAAUCCAGAGAUAUAAAGUGUGAGACGUGAUGCUCACAGCUGUGAAAAACAGAAUCUCAGGUUUCACUGUGACCCAGACACGGUGAUAAAGAACCUCUACAGACAUAAUAACAUGGGAAGUCAAAACAGAGAGAGUUUAAAGCAAGGCUCUGCUAUCUCUGACAGAACAAACCUCUCUCUCUCCAAAAUGAUGGUGACAGUUUAUUCACAGACUGUCUGUCACAGAGAGAGAGACACACAAUGAGUCCUAAAAUGAUGAUAUCUCACUGCAGGAUGAUUCCUGGGAGAAACAACCCAGUCAAGAUUAAAGAUAUGAGUCUUUCUGAAGUUUAAGGACAACAAUAAAAACUGAAACUCAGUUAUUCUUGUGGUUCAAACACAAUCCCUGUACAUGAAAAGGCAAUAGCUCUAUCUAAUUCAAGCAAAAUGCUAAAAUACACAUCUUUAAAUUCAAAUGAAGGUGAUUUCAUUUUCCUCUCUGUCUUAACAACAUCAGGACAAACACCUCUAUAAAAGGCAAUUAUCAUGUCAGCUUGGUGAUGAUGUUAUAUCAGGGAGGACUUCUUUUAUUUCUCCUUUAUUCUCUAAAUCUCCUGACUGCAAUAAACUGUUAACAAUCAUUUAUGGUGUUUUGACUUAUUAUUAAUCUUGAUGUGCAAAUGCUGAACCCUUUUUAAAAUCUGCUUCUGUGCAAUUUUAACCCCCCAAAAAGCAGCAGUUUAUGAGGCGGCCCUUUAUUAGUAUGAAGAAGAAACACUUUGAGGCAGCGCAGUCAAACCCUGGAACUUUGGCUCCUCUGUAAAACAUCACUAGUUGGUUGAACAUGAUUAUUUGUCAUGAUAUGUUCUGUUUAUUUAGUUUUCUCUUGGUUUGAGUGCAUUUUGUUAAUUUUUUUCCUAGUGUUUCUGUCUUGUGAGUUUUCAGUUUGUGUUUGACCCUGUUUCCCUCCUGUUCUCUCUGUUUUAUUCCUCAGAUCAGUUUUCAGUGUUUCCUAUUUUAUUUUGCAGUAGCUGAUUUCUUGUGUUUCUCGUCUGGAUUUUCCCUCCUUCAUUAAUCAUUCAUGAGUCUCACCUGUGUCUCGUCUGCCUCACCUGUUGCUCGUUUCCCAUUGUGUAUAUAGUCCCUGUCUUCCCCUCUGUUCUUCUUAGUUCAUUCUGUCACGUGAAACAAACAGAGUGAAACAAAAAGGGAAAGGACCCAAAAUGCAGAAAAAUAAAGGCUUUAUUUAAAAAGGACUAAAUGAAAAGCAUCAAAAAGUCCAACGAAAAAAUACAAAAGGCAAAAUCCAACUAAAGACACCGGGGAGAAAAAUCACAAGGGGCAACUGGGGACACAAGCAUACGCGCAUACACACACACACACACACACACACACACACACACACACACACACACACACACACACAUUAACAUACAACGAACCAACAAAGAUAAAUUGAGCAAAAAGCACAUUUUAAGACCGCUCCAUGAUGUCAACAGUAACUAUUGUUUGUAUAUCUGAUGAUGUGUCUGUGAACAGUAAAGUGCCCACCUUGUCUUUAUAGCUUUUUGAGUAGGUUUUCUCUAAAAAUGCCCUAAAAAUGAAAUGACCUAAGUGUAGAAAAAAGAUUUCUGACAGAGAAAAGACUGAUGAGAGUGAGUUUUGGACCUAAAUAUGCUCGGCUAUGAUUGCUUGUUGUUUGGCAAAGUUAAGCAGAAUUUAAGCAACUAAAAAUAUCUUAAAUAAGUUAAAAUGUAAAAUAUGUAUUUAAAUCUUUUUUUUUUUUUUUUGGCCAAAAACUGGUUCUUAUUCAUGCUGAUGGUUAAUAUGACUUUUUCUCAGCAGACAUUUUUUUUUUUUUUUUUGUCAAAUUGAAGGAGUUUCACAUAUUUCAAUUUUAAUUACACUUUUACUUACUAUUGCAAAUAGUUUCCCCCACAAGUUAGACUCACAGACUGGAUAUAGGAUGGACGCCGUCUGCCUCCUUGCUGGGUGAAGCCACCCUGGGAACAGCACCCUCUGGUGGCGGGCUGCAGUAUAGGUCACAAAUCCGGCCUCCUCCAGCAAUCCCUAUGGAGCUGUGGACAAACUUUAGAAAUCUAUUACACAGAAUAUAAAUUUUUCUUCCCCCUGCUUGCGAUGUUAACAUGUAGUUACUGUAAGACCGGUUUGUGUUAAAGUCCGCUUUUUUCUGUGCAGCUCCAUUUUUAAAGUUAUUAAGGGGGUUCAUGUUUUCUAUGAUUGACACUUGAUACAGCAUAUGGGCGUACGAAGAUUGCUUAGCUCACCCGGGGGAUACGCUGUUUGAGCCGAGCGUCAUCACAGUGACUGACCCGCUGAAUGCGUACAAUGCUACUGCGCAAUGUUGGUUUCAGGACGUGGAGAAAAAAACGCAGAAAUACCGAGAGCUUUUCAGCUUCAAAUACGUAGACUGGAGAAAGGCCGAACUAAGUUGUUCGUAGAAUAAACAGUCUAUGGUUACACUGCAAAAUACACAUGUGAUCACCAUCACAGCCUCACAGAACUGGAAAUCCACACAGACACACACCUCGGGGCCACCUCGUGUGUCUUUGUCCUUUGAAUUUAGGACAGCAUCAUCAAACAAGGGGGAAGUACUGUAUUACAAUCUCUGUGAAUGUCAGCCUUCCUGCCCCCAGCACCCACUCACUCUCAUGUGUCUCUCUUUUCACUUACCUCUCCAUUCCUCUGAGGAACAUAAAUUAGCCUGACCUGACAGAAUACACCCUUUAUCUCACAUGCUACGAGUGCAAAUGGAAAACCGUGUGCCUUAUUCUCAGAGGGGAAAACACGAGUGCAUUCCUCGUCUUUUGUUUCAGAGAUGGGGUUUGCGUGGAGUGCUUCCCACACUGCUGAAUAAGGUUGCAUAAAUGUCAAGUUUGGAUUAUUUGGAGUGUCCUCAGACCUCUGGAGCCACUCCAAGGGAAACUCAGGAUUCUGAAGUGUCUCUUGUCUAAAGCUGUUCCCUGAGCUGGUUUUAUUAGAAAGGCUAAAGAUUUGGAGGAAUGUCAGUCAUAGUAAGAGCAUUUUUCUCUCUAACAAAGAGGUAGCAUGCAUCCUAAAGCCUUUGUCAUUGUUACAGAGAUUUUAUCAAAGAUUCAGUCUCUUAUUACAACUUCCUGGCACGUACAGAAAUCUGCACAAUUCGAAUCCUGAUGCAUGAAAACAAAACAUGCCGGAACAUAACAAAGAAGAUGUCACCGUCUUUGUUUUGGGGUCAUGGCAGGGUUCAUAGGUCAUGUUAUCAGAGGUUGAAAUUACUGAAGCAUCCCUGCCAUCUGACUCUCUCUGCUGGGGGGGUCAAAAAGGUGAGCAGUAGGGGAGCAGGAGCCGAUAAAGAAAGCACGCUUUAGCAGCAUGACUCUCUAACUCUGUCUCCUUUUUGUGGUGCCUGAACGUUUCAGGUCCAGAGGUCUCUGCGUGACCACUAAAUCAUCAUGUCACCUUAGUCCACUUCAUAAAGAGCUGUGAGACUGUUUCCAUGUAUCGGGUCUAAACAAGGAGAGGAAGUGUCUCCAAACGGGACUUUCACAUGGAUGUCUAAGAGUGGUGUGUUUACUUUUAUUUUGAUGGUUUGAUCUGAUGUCAAUGACACUCAGUGUGAGUUAUUUCUUUGCCAAAAUUGCAGGACAUUAAACCCACUCUGAUGAAAAUCAUGUUUUUCUUCUUGUCUACAUGUUCAUAUGGCAAUUUUCUGAUGCUACAGGAUAUAUCAUGAGAAAAUUAAGUGUGAAAUUGCAUUUCUGAGUAUUUCUGCAUUUAAAUAGCUGUGAAUUUCUGGCAGACCCAAACGGCAGGUUUAGAAACAGUGAAAUUUUCUAUGUAGCAAAUCUAAGCUCCGCCCCCGGGGCCCUGCUAUGCAGGCCAGACUCGAAGAAUUAGAGAGGAUGAUCACGGAACAAGCGUGUGCAUUAGCAGAUUGCAAUGCUUGUAAGAAAGCUAACUAUGAUAUUAACUUUCAUCAUGUCUCCAAAGACAUUAGUGUCUCAGAGCUGAAUAGCUCCUAUAUUACCUGCUACUUCUACUACACCAGCAAUGUUAGGCUACAAGCUAGCUUGAAAAGGAGUGUGCAGAGCAGUGCUGUCUCCACCCACGACUCAGAGGUGAAUUGCUAAUGAGCUACUGGAGCUCUAAGGAGAAAAAUCUUAAAAAUGACACAAGUAAUGUGAUUUUGGCUAAAAUCUUCAUCACAACUUAGGGCACAUUCACAUCACCCUCGUUUAGUCUGGCUAAUGAGCCGUUCAUGCGCGCAAUCGACUAGCAUAUUUUGAUACGCGCUCCAGAUGAGUAGCAAAAGCAAAGUCAGCCUACGAUGCUACAUGACAGGCGAAGACAGCAGAGCGGGGUUUGUAUUCCCACAUCAACUAAUGACCAAUAACCGAACGAUAUUCACGGUCACGUGACUUCCGCUUCUGUUUUCUGUAUCGUCUUGCCUUGGAUUCGAAUCAGGAAACAGACCUUUUUGGUGUGAACACGACCUUAAAGACGACUAAUAACACUCGGAGUGGGACUUAAAAAAUCUCAUGCAAAUCAAAACACUAGAUCAUAUUAUUUAAUCAUUAGAAUUCACUUCCAUAGCUUUAAAAAAAAGAAAAUGUGUUUUUCAAGAGGUGUAGUGACGCAAACGUGUUGGUCCAAUCAGCUGGUGAGGUUUUACUGAAGGUCCAGAAGCCUGUCUGUUUUUAACUCGUUUGUAAAAAAGACAUUCAUGAAAACUUGAACUUGCUGCUUUGACAGCACUGGCAUGUCUAAUUGUGUCUCACUAUGAGCUUAAAAGAGGACUGCAUACAUGGGCCCCCAUGUAAGAGGGGCCCUAUUAGGGUUGCCAACAACCUGGGAAAAAAAGGGGACCCCUCACAAGCAGGGCCAGCAAACCCGCAGCCUUCACUCCUCUCAGCAUGGUGAAUUUUUAAACAUUGAUUUAAGUCGAUACAUGCGUCGAUACAGGACGCAUACUUUUAUUUUUAAAUACAGGAUGAUUCUGUUUUGUUCCGUUUUUCAAGGGACGGUUGGCAACCCUGGGUUCUAUCAAUGCUAUGCUAACCCUAACCCUUUACUCUUGGGUAUGAGUAAGGAUCUAGAGUAGAAAUAGUUAUAAACAAACAGAUAUCAAUAGUGUAACACUGAUGCCGAUCCAGCUCAGAUAUGAAGUCCCCAUCACUUAGGCGGAAGGCAGCUUCUUUCACAAAUAUCUAGGCUCUCCAGCACUGGGCUGCAGGGGAACAGCAGAAAACUGAGGGGUCCCAUCCAGCUCUGGCAGACCCUCUGACAGAAGUGUUUUGUAAUGGGGGCAAGACUGGAAUAAACUACAGUCCACAGGUUUGGGUAUCUGAUACAGGGAUCACUAGGGAGACAGGGAGGAAGUAAGCUAGAAUAAAAGACAAGGUCCCCUGGUCUGAGCUGAGGUCCUUGAUUCCCGAGUGGUCUGAGUAUAUUUUUCCCACUGAGCAGUAGACGGCUAUUAGAUGUCUAGUUUUCUUUUUAGACCUAAUUUCAACUGUCUAGAUUCUGUAUAUUUUGGACAGAAUUUAGACGUUGCACUUUAACCCGUUAUUCGAUAACUAUUUAUUUCAAAAAGCAACUGUGAGUUGCAUAACUGACCUCCAAGUACUUAACGAAAAUAAUUAUGAUAGCUGUUGAGCAAUAUACAGUUAGACCUCUGUUAGCCGGCUAGGCUAAACUUGGUCUAAAUUUGGACGUCUGAACAACUUUCAUGUUUAGACCUGUGGUAGCCUUAUUUUAGACCAGUUGUCUAGGCUACAUUUAGACGUCUAUCAGACCUCCUUUUAAGACCAAAAAAUACUCAGUGGGUUCAAAUAAGGUUACCACUUAUAAUCAAAUGAACUAACAGAUAAUUUCUCUAUAUCUACUUCUAAAGUAUGUUCCACCACGCCUGUUCAGCUAAUUUCCUAAUCUAAUGGAAGUAUAUAUGAAGCAUCCUUUCAAAACAACAAAAAAACUAACAGGCAGUAAAAAAAUAAAUAAAUAAAAAGUACCACAAAUCAAAGCUUUAUUAGACAUAAAUCAUAUAAUGAAUCCAACAUUGUGAAUCCUAUCUUACUUCUCUUUUUAAAAAGGUGUUUGUCUGCCAGUCUCCUGUCACCUGUCCAUUAGAGACUAUUGCACGCUACGAUGUACGCGAGAAAAUGCCUCUGAUAUUAGAAAAAAAUGUCAACACUACUUUAAACGACAUCGAACUGUUCAGGAGGGAAAAAAACCACCUUGUCCGAUCAAUUAAAGUGAAAUGACUUCCCCUGUUGUCAAAGCAAAUUCCAGGCAGGAAGAAAAAAAGGAACUCCUCAUAAUGGCGCUACCUGCUAGACUUGGCUAAUCCCUGGAAUGUGUCACUUUGUGUUCAUGGGAGUCUUUUGUUCAGCCUCAGAGAGGGAUCCGCCAUGAAGUCACUAAUGAAGGUAUUGACUCGAAAGCCAGGACUUCAAUACCGGCGCUGAGGUGUGAGCCACUCAGAAAGCACUUGGCCUGCUGCUAACGGACUGGGGCGGCCAGUGUGCACUAAUUGGAACUCAUUGUGCCGCUGGCAGGUGUGUUAAUCCUGCAAGACCGAGCGCUGACCCCUGGGCCCUUGCCUGUGGGAUACUGUACAAUCUCUCUCUGGGUUUUUCAAGGCCUGUCACCUCCUAUACGAGUAGAUGUAGCCUAGAUCUGUCACCAACAGGCUCAUAACCCUCCAACGACCAUCAUUCAUAAAACUUUAUAAAACUAUAGCGUGGUUUUAGUGGUUUUAAGAAUCUGAAAAAAGUCAGGAAAUUUGUUCAUAAAGAUUCAGAUUUCUCUUUUUUUGUGUAGCACAUGGUAAUGAAUAUCCCUCCAGGCAAAUAUAUGUCAUGAUUCAUCUCACAGGUGCGCAGUUGGCAGAAAACCCCACAUUUUGAGGUUCUUCAGAAGACACCAAAGAUUGAAAAGAUUUUACUUGUUUGAUUUUUAGAUGUAUGUCCUGAUUAAACAGAGCGCUUAUGAAAGUUGUAAAAUUUGUAGUGUAUCAGUCUGUCUGUCAUGGGAACUUUCCUUUGAAAACAGUUGACAACACUUCCUUCCAGGCCAUAGACUGUUUAUACUAUAGACAACUUGGUUCCGCCUUCUGCCACUUUAAGGUUUUGAAGCCAAAAAGCUCUCUGUAAUUCAUUUUUUUCUCCAAUUCCUGAAACCAACAUUGCGCAGUAGUGAUGUGCGCACUCCACCACUUGCCCGGUAGCGUUGUACGCAUUCGGCUGGAGAGUCGCUGUGAUGACGAUUGGCUGAAACAGCGUACCCCCCAAGUAAGCUACGUGAUACUCGUAUGCCUAUAGGCUGUAUCAAGUGUCAAUCAUAGAAAACGAACCCCCUAACAACUUUAAAAAAAUGGAGCUGUAUAGAAAAAAGAGGACUUAAGCACAAACCUAGGGCGACUAUGUUUCAGAAGAUGACAAGAGCGAGACUUAAGCGUUAUGAUGUGUUCGGCAACUGACCUGUGGAUGGUGGCAAAAAAAAUUUGGCCUUUUUUAACGUCGAUUUAUACCUUAAGACUGAUGUCCUCAUCUCCAUGCCAGCUGCUCUCCCUGCACUGUGGCCUCCUAAUGCUAGUUUCAAUUGACCAGGAAUAAUAAAGUGGGUUUUAAAUGUUUAAACGUCGGCACUGUUGUGUGUGAAAGAUAGUUAGAGACGCCUUUCUUUGCUUCUGAUUGGUUUAUAUUGCGUGGCGCCUUCCGUGGUUGGUUAGAUUUAGGCACAAAGGACUGAUGGAUUGGUCUGGGAUUGGUUAUCUUGGUCAGCCCAUCAGAGUUACUCAAACUAUGGCAGAGUAUUGAAUGGGGGAAAAUAAGCAUGAGAAAUGUCAAGUGUGGGUCAAAUUGCGUGACUGUCACAAUCAAAGCGUAACGCUGGCAGCUCUGCAAACCAGUCUUUAACUACAUGUCAACAUCGGGAUUUACGACCUAUAUUGCAGCCCAUCACCAGAGGGCGCUGUUCUCAACGUGGCUAGACUCCUGGCGAGGAGGCGGACGCUGUCCAUUCUAUAUACAGUCUAUGCUCCAGGCUGAGCCAUGAUGCUGCGGUUAAGUCACAGAUCUGUAUCUGUCAUUAUGAUAGGUAAAGAAAAAUUUUGUCAGGUGCUUUUCUGCUUCGAUUUGAAGCCCUUUCAACUCAAAGCGAUCUAAGCACCACUGAAAAAACGUAGGGAAACCAAAGGGUGGGAAAUGACCUCUGUCUUUCAACACUGAAAAAAGCUGCCACAGUAGACACUGCCUACUGUUUGAUAAUGGCCUAUGCCCAACAUGUAACUUAAGAAACGGGGGCACACUCAGUUGGAGGUUUACAAAAUGAUGGACCAAUCCACCCAACGACCAAUCAACCAGUGGAGUCAUUAUCACCAAUAAAGAGCAAGGAAAUGCAGAGACGUCUGGCUAAAUCUUCAUGACUCAUUGUAACUUCUCUUAGUAAAACUCCACACAGCUGGCUCAAUGCCUUUCUUGGUAGGACUAUGUUAAGUUUCUAUUCGAAUGUUCUCGUGUUAAGAAUGAAAUACUAAACUACAUCUCACAAGUGUCGAAAUCCUGGUGGGGCAUUUCAGAAUGUGCCACACCCAUAAAAGUAAAGAAAAGAGAUCGGUAUAGAGUCCAGCUCAGCACGUCGGCUCAGUUCUCUCCCUGAACGACACUUAAACUCUUAUCUUGCAGAACAGAGGCGUUCAUGGGUGUGCUGGCUGUAUCAGUUACAGAAAAUCUCAUGAAGACGUCUGGGUGUUUCUGAAAUUCCCUGAAUAACCUUCCUCUCUUCAUAAAAAGUGAAUGGGUUCUGCUUCAGGGAGUUAUCACAAGAUCUUUUCUGCAGAACAAUCGCUGUAACCCUCCUCUCUUUAUCACCUUAUGGGAGACUUUGCCCUCUCAUACAAUAGGGAUGGAUUGUGUUGCAGUAUUUGUGUAGGUCACGCCACUUCUCCUUUUCAGAACAUACAGACUGUGUACAGUAAAGACUAAAAAAACAGUCAAAACAGCAUGAAAAGGGCUUUCCUAUCCUUCACUGCACCUGUUUUAGACAGGAAGUUUUAGAAUGGUUUGACAGGAGCAGCUGCUGAUAUUCACGUUUUAGCUGAGAUGCAUUUUUACUUGAUGAGGGAAUUAUUAUUUAGGUUGAAGGAAAAAAAUGUUUUAGUUUCCAUAACAAACUUGUAACAACUUAGGAAAGGAUUAUCAGUUAUGAGAAAUAAAUGUAUUCAUCAGAAAACAACAGAAGAUGAAAACUCUGGAGCUGCCGUUGUAAAUGCGAGAAAACACACUGCAUGAAAUCCUAAAAAGACCUUUUUAAAAAGCAGAAACCUGAUAUUGUCUGGACUAGGGGUGUCCCGAUCUGAUAUAUCGAUAUUGGAUAUCAGUCCGAUAUCAGAGAAAAAAUGAAUAUUGGAUUAUAUCGACCUGCAUUUACAAUCUCCGAUAUCAGCACUCUGUUUAUUCCAGACUCUGUUCCAGCACCUCUAUCUAGCAGUGCCUGGAUCCAGCAUGCAGAGCCCACAUGAUCACAGCAACAGUGUGUAAUAACGCUCCAAGCUGCGAGUUGGAAACUUAUCGGGAACGCCCCCCUGAAGUCGAAUUUCCGACUCAAAAAGUUGGAGGAUCCUCACCAACCCUGACUUCACAACCAUGUCAUAAUUCAAGAUGGCAGCACAGUGCAUCGACAGUAAAGAGUUACAGUGAAAACUCUCAUAAUGUAUUAUUUAUUAGCACUUCUGUUUUGUUUUUGUCAAAUUAAACAAGUGGUUUAUGUUGUACUGCCCAAUGUCAAACUGUGAACUCGGUGCUAUGGUGUUUGUACGAGUAAAAUACUGUGUUAUGCGUUGUUUACAACUGGUAUAGCUAAUAACUAACAACCACUGACAACGUCUAACAACAACUGACAAUGUCUAACAACAACUGACAAUGUCUAAUGACAGCUGACAAUUGUAUACAACAGCUAACAACGGCUAACAGCAGGCAUCCACAUUGGUUUUCCCAAGUCCGCUCACUCGGAUGUGAUGUCAUUCCCAGCUCCGAUAUCCAACUUCA